GCCGGGUGGGGUUAAAUAGCGGAUGUGUGUCGCAGACCGGCAGAUUAGCUCGGCUCAAGGCGUUCUGCAUACGUUGUGAAUAAGACCGGUUACCGAACGAAAGAGGCUCCUGCUCAAAUAAACUUUGUACUUUCUUCUCGGAAUCUGAGCGGCUCUUUACUCUCUAAGGAAUGCCCAGAGAGCUGACCCAGAACAGGAUCCAAAAGAUCUGGAUUCCCACCAAGGAUGACAAGCCGGUAUCCCGCAGAGCAGCUGGCGCCCCCCACUUUGCCAACCCUCCCACAGUCAUCGUGAUGGUGGGUCUUCCAGCUCGAGGCAAGACAUACAUGUCCAAGAAACUCACCCGAUACCUCAACUGGAUCGGCAUGCCCACCAAAGUCUUUAACGUUGGAGAGUACCGCAGGGAGGCGGUCAAAAACUACAGCUCCUAUGACUUCUUCAAGCCUGAUAACGAGUGUGCCGUGAAAAUCAGGCAGCAAUGUGCCUUAGCAGCUUUGAGGGAUGUCAAGUCCUAUCUGAAGGAUGAAGGAGGCCAAGUAGCGGUCUUCGAUGCCACAAACACAACAAGAGAGAGGCGAGAGAUGAUCCUCAAAUUUGGCAAUGAGAAUGGCUUCAAGAUCUUUUUCAUCGAGUCCGUGUGCGACGACCCCAGUGUCAUUGCGUCGAACAUCAUGGAAGUGAAGGUGUCGUGUCCAGAUUACCGGGACUGUAACAAGACUGAUGCCAUGCUGGAUUUCCAGAAGAGAAUUGAGUGCUACAAAACCAGCUACGAACCUCUGGAUCCUGAUCAGCAUGACAGGGACCUCUCCUUCAUCAAGGUGAUAGAUGUGGGUCGGCGUUACCUUGUGAACCGCAUCCAGGAUCACAUCCAGAGCAAAAUUGUGUACUACCUGAUGAACAUCCAUGUCCAGCCUCGAACCAUCUACCUGUGUCGGCAUGGGGAGACCACAGACAACCUGGAGGGACGGCUGGGCGGCGAUGCAGGCCUCUCGCCGCGAGGCCGGCAGUUUUCGACUGCCCUGGCUCGUUUCGUGGAGGAGCAGCAGCUGAAGGAUCUGAAGGUUUGGACCAGCCAGCUGUGUUCCAGCAUCCAAACAGCUGAGCACCUGGGAGUCCCCUACGAACAGUGGAAGGCUCUCAACGAGAUAGACACUGGAGUGUGUGAAGAGAUGACGUAUGAUGAGGUGAAGGAGAAAUUCCCGGAGGAGUUUGCGUUGAGGGAUGAAGAUAAAUUCUACUAUCGCUACCCUGCUGGAGAGUCCUACCAGGACCUGGUCCAGCGGGUGGAGCCAGUCAUCAUGGAGCUGGAGAGGCAGGAGAAUGUCCUCGUUGUCUGCCACCAAGCUGUCAUGCGCUGCCUGCUGGCCUUCUUCCUGGACAAGAGUGCAGAUGAGAUGCCCUACCUGAAGUGUCCCCUCCACACCGUGCUGAAGCUCACCCCAGUCGCCUAUGGGUGCAAAGUGGAAUCCAUCUAUCUAAAUGUGGAGGCAGUGAACACCCACAGAGAUAGGCCAGAGGAGGUGAAGAGGGGUCCUGGCACAUUGAUCAGGAGGAACAGUGUGACUCCUCUGACCAGCCCCGAGUCAAAUAUCAAGAAACCCCGCAUUGAUGACCUAGACGAGGCUCCCAUCCAAGAGCUGCCUCCUUCGGUUGCCUCUCUUGCACUAUGCAGUCCCUCACACCUCCCUCUCUCACUGGCAGGACAGAACCUGAGGAGAAACUCAUCUGGCCGCCAUGAUGUCCUGCAGCCCUGCCAGUGAAACUGCACCAAAGCGUCACAGGGAUCGCUGACUGAAACAGCAAGGAAAAUAAUUUUUCAAAAAAAAACAACAUUUAUCAGUCUGUCAGAUGUGAAGGAUCAAUUCUGUAAAUGUUGUAUCUUUUUGUCAGCUGAGGACCCAAGUUAUUGUACUUUUAUUGUUCAAAAAGGACUGAAGUUAUUUAUUUGUUGUCCUAUCAGAUAUUUAUUUUCAAAGGUAUGUCAUUUCAAAUUAAGACUCCUGUUUUUGCUACUGUUAGACAUUUUCUUUCUCGGACUGAUUUAUCUUUGUUUUCUGAGAAUAACAUUGUGUAAUUUAUUCAGACUGAAGGAGGCAAACUAUGACUCAUUUAAAUCAACAGUCGUUCCUGUUACAUCUCACAGCUCAGAUGGAUGGGAAACCAGGUUCAUCUGGUCCAUUGUGUUUUUUGCGACCAGCCCUCAUGCCUCGAUAAAACUUACAACUCAUCCUUCUUUUCAACUCAUGGUUGCACUGUUAAUUUAAAAAAAAAAGGAUGUAGUAUUAAGUUUACAUUGUAAACUCUUUGGCACUUCUUUGGAAGCACGCUAAACAAUAAGCACUUAUUUUGCACAGUGGGAAUACAUUUUUACUUUUGUUUGUUUUUUGUGUCACUAUGUAUUUUCCAUGUCACGUUACUUCACAGUAAUGGAGGUGAUUUUUGCCGUAGAGUGCCUGUAGUGCUUGUUUUGCAAGCCUGACGCCGCUUCUCUUGCUAUUUCUCUGGAGCUGAUUGCUGGAGGAGAGGCACCACAUUUCACAUAAUAAGUCCACAUAUCAUUUCAAUUUUACUUUUUACAGUUUGAAUAUUUAUUUUUCAUUGUGUUUAGUUUUGUUAAUACAGUGUCUGCUGUUCAUUCAAUAGUGGUCUCUAAACUGAUCGGAAACAUAAUUUUCCUUGACUUCCUUUUUGCUGUCGUUGUCUGCUACGCACAAAUGUAAGCACCUAUAUUUUUAUGAUAACAAUGCGUGCUGUUAAUAAUAUCUUUGUAAAUGAUAGUGUAUAUACAGUAUAACUGGAUAUCUAUGGGAGAUGACUUGGGAGUCUUUUAAUGAAAAUGUGUGUGUAAGUGUUUUUGUACUGAUGUGUUUGGACCGAAUGGAAAGCAUGAACUGUUGGGAAAGAGGCUGCCACUUACCUCUCUCAGUAAAAUUUUUGUUAACAUGUUUGAUUGAGAUACUUGAAAUAUGUUUUUUGUAAAAAAAAAAAAAAAAAAAAAAGAAAAGAAAAAAGGUUUUAUUAUAUCCUUUAUUUAUUUUUAUGUAGUUUUGGGUGACUGCUUGGUGGAAAGGCACUUUGUUUUAAUCAGAGGACUGUGCAUGAGAGGACAGUAUGUUGUAUAGUUGAUUUUGCAUCUGCUGGACCAAUAAAUUAACUCCAGGAAAAUA